UAGGCAUUUCUGAUUUUCGGAUUUGUGGCACAACAAGCGCAACGCUGAAUGCAUGACAUCUUGUACUCUGUCUCGCUAGCUUAUUCUUACAUUCAGCAGCCAGCUCUUUUUACACAAACAAAGACUUUGCUGUACAAUGAGAAUCUCAUUGAGAUCAAUGGCUGGCACCCUGUGGAUGUUUGCUGCAGUUGCAUUGCUGCAUGGAGUGGAGAGCAAGCCCUCAGCACUUGACAAACUACUGGUAGAUACCAUCGAGACACUCCUUCAAGAGGAGGCUAAACAAGAAAUAGCUCAGGACAAAAACAAAUACGGAAAAAACGAGCAACAAGUGCUUGAAGAAAUUUCUUCUAUGCGACAGUUGCUCAACGGAAAUGUUCAAUCUAAUAGCCUUCGCAAAAGACCCGUCUACAACGUUGCACAUAUGGUGAACGGGCAAUCUCAAAUUGAUGAUGAUUGGGUUGAUCCUGCUAAUGCGAUAGAAUCCGAUCUUGCUUUCAAUUCUGAUGGCAGCCCCAAAGAAUUUUAUCAUGGCCCAUUUCCUUGUGACUGCUUUCGCAACUGUAUCAAAAAAGAUACUGUUGCAGCACAUUUUGCAGCUAUUAGAGAGAAAGCUCUUGAUCCAAACAAGAACAUGGCCUUACUUUGGAUUGAUUUGAAGUUAGCAGCAAGUGGAAUAACAGAAUUUAAGGGCAGUGGAGAAAAAUUGGCAAAAGUUAUCACACAAAGUAACUCUCUUUUCCCACCUGGCAAGGAUGUUCCGAUUCACGUCUUGCUGGGAGCUGAGGCCUUUAAUCAAAACCAGUUCUUUGUAGGAUUUCUUGCAUACAUUAAAUCAAAAAGACCUGAAUUAUUUGAUAAGUUUGGUUUUGACUUCAGUGGUACUGAUGCAACGGUUGAUGAAAUCCUUCAAGCAUUUAAAGAAAUUGGAAUUAAGAAAAAUAUUUGGGUGGGUGAUGGUAUCAUUAACUGCAUACCACGAGGUACUAGCAGACUAGAGCGAAUUCUUGCAAAACGAGACGAAUUGGGAUCAGAUGUAGCCCCUUUCAAAGUUUACUCGUGGACUAUUGAUAACAAAAAAUCGCUGAGAAACAAUUUACAGCUUGGAGUGGAUGCUAUCAUCACCAACAAACCAGCGAAACUAACUAAAAUGAUUCAAGAAGAAUUUCACGACACUUUGACACUGGCAACUCAAGAAACGAACCCUUGGGAGCAAAUUAAGUCAUCUGAAGCUAUUCAACCAUUUGCACAAAGCUGCAAUCGCUACUGGUUAUUCUUUUAUUGCCGGAAAUAUACAAGCCUUGAAAAUCGAUGUUGGUCAGACAAAAAGUGUAGCAAGCCUAGCGAUUGUCAUGGAGAGUUGAAGUGUUCAGAGCUCAAAAUAUAAACAUUAUUUAAAUAUAGAACAUCGACACUUUGACUUUAUAGUAUAGCUUGUAGAAAUCUGAAAUUAUAACUCUAUGCAUUCAUGUAGUAUGUGUAAUUAUUAGUAUAACCUUUCUAGG